UUGUCAAAACAGCAGUCAAACAAACGAAUAUGGAUUCUUCUGUGGCUGAAGAAUCUGAAAAUUUUGUAGCAUAUAAUAAAAAUGAAUACAGCAAAACAAUCUCUAAUACUCCAACGAACAUCUCAACUAGUAGUAGUAAUAUAGUGCAUAAGUUAUUUAAUAGAGAGAUAUUUGGUAGUACCUCCAAGAAGCCAAAUGAGAAGUCGAAAAAGGUGUUUGAUAAAAUCCCUCCUCGGUUGCGGUUUUGUCUCAUGGAUAUAGUGCCCAUCCAGUACUUAAGGGAACAUGUAUUUAUGGGCUUUUCACAAUGUGGACAGUUUCUUCUAAGUUUUACUUAUAGUUGUAACACCCAAGUGUAUUUUCGGGAAAGCUCAAAAUUUACGCUACAUUUUCUGUCUUGGGUGCCAGGGCGCAUAGUUCGUCCGGUGCACAGUGUUCCUCUGUUUGGAGAUGACUCCGUAGACAGUAAAGUGACAAUAUCCAUGGCACAAUGGAAACACAAUCCUGGAGUUCUUGUGGUGUAUGGUAUUGCAGAUUCCUGUUCUGAAAGAUCUUACCUCAGUGUUGUUGGAGUACCUCGAUUAGGAUGUAGACAAUGCUCAGCUAUUUCCAGAGAUGAAGAUGACUUAAACUGGAGCAAACGUUGUUUAGAACAUAGUUUUGCUAUACACACAAGGUUUUUCUGCACGUCCGAUUCUAGUAUGUAUGAGCCAGUCGUCCAAUUAGCAUACUCAAAUCAAAUUAUAAUUUACACAGAUUUCAUACAUAUAUUAGAAAUAGAUUAUGUUAAACCAGACCAGGACAGAACGGAACCACCAGAGGAAAGCAAAUUCUCAUUAGAUAGGGAAGAAAUAAAUUCAAUUGAUACUAAUCCUAGUACGCCAGCUUCAGACGUUUCUGCACCCUUCCAAUCGCCUAAAUAUCAGAACAAUGUUGUUCAAAACAUUUUAGCUGACUUUUCAGACCUAGAAGUCGAACCAUACCAAAUGUCCAGGCCAGUUCAGUUGCCAGAUGUUAUGGGACAAGAGCUCUGCAUUCAGGCAUCAUCUAUAUCCCAUAAUUUAAUGGAAGAGUGGGAAGGUCCAUCACCAUCAAUUAGAACAUUAAUCAGCCCACCAUUGAGAUCUCCAAGACGAAGACCCGCCGAAAGUAUGUCCAGAUUUAACGAAACGCAUAGAAUUAUAGCAGAAAAAACUUACGAAUUUGUUGAAGAAGCGGAAACAAAAUGCGAAAAACUCAGUAUGUUUAGAAAGAGGCGUUUAGCUGAUAAGAAAUACGAGUUUUCGGAAGACAACAAUGAAAAUAUUGUUCCUUUUAGAGUAUUAAGGAGUAACAGGAAGUAUUACACGGGGUCUACCAGUAAAAAUCAAUCGAAAAGGGCGAAAUCACCGCCCGUUGAAAGUGUGGUUUUGAGAGCUCACAAUCAGAUUAGUAGACCGCCAUCGCCGACGACUAGUUUAGAUCUUAAGAAUCCAGGACUUUCGUCACUCGAAUCUGAUAGAAAUAGUGAAUCGGAAUACAGAGUUAUGGAGAUGUUAGACGACGGCUCCCUUAAAACAGUAUCAGUGCAUGAUAACACUUCGAAAACAUUGUCAGAUUGUCCAGUUAGUCCUCAAGAUCCUUAUUUAGUACAUUCGGGCAAUUCCAAAUGUAGUAAAUUCUUUACGCGGUAUUUUCUGGAAAGCGACGAUGAAAUUACGUCAGUUAUUACCGAUUCAGAAGACGACUGCAUCUCCGGCUACCACGUGGCGCUGCCGCUGAGCGCCACGGGCGCGGGGCAGGCGCUGCAGGGGCUGGGCGCGGGCGCGUGGGAGCGGCGCGGCGGCGGCGCGCGCGCGCUGCGCGCCACGCAGCGCUCGCUCGACACCGAGCUGCUGUGCAACGAGGUGUGCGGCCGCCUGUGCCGCCUGGGCGGCAAGCACUUCGUCUACUGCUUCGACUGGGGCUGCCACGUCAUCGACGUCUGCCACUCCAGCGGCUGCCUCUCGGGGCUUUGCGCGAUGUGGCUGUGGGCGACCGAGGACACGGCUCUGCUGCAGUGCGAGGCGUGCAAGGACGCGUCGGCCGGCUGCCUGCAACAUCGCCAGCAGUACGCCGCGCAGUGUCUUUUCGUCUGGGAUCUCGUGACCGGCGUUUAUAGGACUGAAAGAGUGGCCAUGACUGAGGAUUCCAGUCAGGAAGGGACUAGAGUGUCAGGGGUGGAGCGAGCGCGCGAACUUGCAAAACGUCUGGGAGCUGUGAGCGCGCCCGCUAACGAUAAUCGCCUACUAACCACGCUCACUGGUAAAUCGUUAAAAAGACUGACAGACUUUGACAACUGCGUCGAGAUCACCAAGAAUCAUCCUGACAGCUCAGAAUCCGAAUCGGAAUCGGAAUCGUCCGAGGAAGACAGCGAUUACGACUGAUUUUAUACCACUUUGUAUAACAUUAAUUAAUACAUCUUUGUACAUUUAACUGCUUUGAUUAGCA